GAGCCACACCCACCACCUUCAGUCAUGCCCUAAUGUGCUUACAUAACUUAAAGCCUUUUCUCUCUUUUUCUUCAUUUCAGUAGACCAGAGAGGAUAUUGCAGACACAAGCAGCACUAAAGGAUUCUUUCCUUUUGCUUACUAAAGCAGUAGCCUUCUGAAAGAAGCUAGAAAAGAGUCCAAUCUCCCUCCCUUUUCCGUCUCUCUCUCAGUUUAUUUUAUGCUAUGGAAUAUCCUGCUUCAGUUGAGCAAUCAGUAACUGAUCAGACUUCACCUCAUAUUGAUAGCAUAUCGUCAUCUUCAACUCCUGCCAAGAGGGAGAGACACCAAGCAUCUAAUAACACUGAGAGUAUGGGAGAGGUAGACUAUGAGAGUUUACCUACUGAUAAGUUGUGGGCGCAUCUUUUAGCAGGAGGAGCAGCUGGAGUGACUGAACACUGUGUGAUGUAUCCAGUUGACUGUGUUAAGACUAGAAUGAUGACUUUAGUACCUAACCCAAAAGCUAAUUAUAAUAAUUUAUACGGAGCCUUUAAAACUAUUAUAAAGACGGAGCGCCCCAGUGCCCUUUUCCGUGGUAUAACGGUCGUUGCUACAGGCGCUGGCCCAGCUCAUGCUUUGUAUUUCUCGACAUACGAAUACAGCAAGAGGUGGCUCUCUAGACAUCACAAUAACAUCAUGUCUCAAGGCGGAGCUGCUGUGGUAGCAACCCUACUUCAUGAUGGUUGCAUGAACCCCAUUGAAGUUAUCAAGCAGAGGCUGCAGAUGUACAACGCGCCAUAUAAGGGCAUCAUUCAUUGCGGGGCCACAAUACUCCGUCAGGAAGGACCGGGCGCUUUUUAUAGGAGCUACACCACUCAGCUAACCAUGAACAUUCCUUUCCAAGUUCUUCAUUUCGUUAGCUAUGAGUAUUUACAAGAGAAAUUCAACCCAACGCGUUCGUACGACCCUCUCUCCCACAUGAUAUCAGGGGCAGGUGCUGGAGCGAUUGCAGCUGCCUUUACUACUCCUCUUGAUGUAGCUAGGACUUUACUAAACACCAGAGAACAAAAGAAGAUACUGGCUAGUGACAAGAAGAUUUACGGGAUGCUCAACACGUUAUUAAAGAUAUACCAGCUGAAGGGAUUCAAGGGGUAUUUCAGAGGGUUGUCCGCUAGAGUAGUGUAUCAAAUGCCAUCCACUGCUUUGUGCUGGUCUGUAUAUGAACUGUUUAAAUAUGGGCUAGGACUAAAAGAGGCGGAGUUUGUAGAGACCACACCCUCUGAUCACACUUCACGGUAGUUUGUUAUGUUGAAUCAUUUUCUUUUCACUCUUCUUCUCUGAUAUUAACUACUAAUAAUUAUUGUUACUUAUAUACUAGCUCUUUUUGCUGAACGACUCUCUCUUCCUUUUUUUUAAUUUUAAAAUGUAUCAUAAUAAUA